AUGACUGGAGGAGGAAGUAACAACACCCGGAGCUUGUGGUCUGAAGGAGCUGGUGCUGCGUAGCUGUGACGGUUGUCUCAGCGCCUUCGCCAGUGACGGGGGAAGCAAAGCUCCCAGGAGGCAAAUCCAGCCUGCUGCGAGAGCAUGGGCCUGGGCCGUGCUCGGCUCCCCUUGCUUGCUGUCCUGGCCGUAGCUCUCCGAGCCCCAGAUCCUGGAUUAACCCAAGCACUGACUCCCCACCACCAGGUGAAUGGGAUUCUGGGAGGAUCAGUUGUGCUGUCUGCGAAUCUAUCCCCCGGGAGAAAGGUGAAAGAGAUCGAAUGGAGCUUUCGUGCUGGGUCAGGUGUGACACUCCAGCUGGCUGAGUUCAGUGGGGGGGAGUUUGAGCGACCCGAUCCCAACGACAGAUUUAAGCAGAGGCUAGAAAAGUACAACGAGACCUCGCUGAAGAUCAAGGCUCUGGAGCUGGGCGAUCGCGGAGUUUAUGAGGCCCGGAUUAAGAUAGUACCAGCAACUGUGGAGGAACAGGCCUUUCGCCUCGCGGUCUAUGAGCCCGUUCCAGCGCCGGAGAUGAAGAGUCACUUGCUCUCCAGCAUGGCGGCUAGGUGCAACGUCACUCUGCAGUGUCAGGUGUCUGGCAGGGAAGAGGUUAACAUCUCCUGGAGUAGAGGGAACCCACCCCGAGACCUGGGCGAUCCCGAGCGGUACCAGCUCAGCCCGGACGGCAGAACCCUCCACCUGUCUCUGCAGCCCAACCUCCCGGACUCUACCUUCACCUGCACGGCCAGCAACCCCGUGGACCAGAAAAACAUCUCUCUUGACCUGCAGAGCAUCUGCCAAAGCGGUGGAGCGGCUCCCAGUCCUUACCAUUGGAAAGCCAUUAUUGGGGCGCUGUUCCUGGGACUCGAGAUCAAUGCCAUGGUCCUUGUGAACCUGGUGCACAGAAAAAUGCCGUAACGCUGGCGGUUGGGCUGGGACCUCGUAUCGCAGACGCCUGAUGAGAAGGUGGACGGGGAGGUGGGGGGGAGCAGGCUAUCGGGUGAAAUCCAGGCCCCGGUGAAGUCAAUGGGCAUUUUGCCAGUGACUUCUGUGGAGUCCGGAUUUCACCCCCAGGUGUAGCGUGGUCCCCAGAAUCUCCAGUGAAAUGCACCUGUUCAUCAGAGAAUUGUCCGAGCAAGCUUUGUCUAAAGGAGGUGUUCCUCCACGGUAAAGAGAAAUAAAAGUGCUGGAUAUUUGAGAGUA